UAACACAGUUAACAUUAGCGCAGCUGUGACAGUCCUUCCAUUUUGUAUAGCUAAGCUAACGCUAGCUUGUACCGUUUUGCGGCAGAUAUGGAUGACGGUGACGAGCCGGGUUUAGUCCUGUCGCACAGCACCUCUUCGGGCUCUAAGUCGGGUGGAGACAAGAUGUUUUCCCUUAAGAAGUGGAAUGCGGUAGCCAUGUGGAGCUGGGACGUUGAGUGCGAUACUUGUGCCAUUUGUCGGGUACAAGUGAUGGACGCUUGCCUUCGAUGCCAGGCUGAGAAUAAACAAGAGGACUGUGUUGUUGUAUGGGGAGAGUGCAACCACUCCUUCCAUAACUGCUGCAUGUCACUUUGGGUGAAACAGAACAACCGCUGUCCCCUCUGCCAGCAGGACUGGGUGGUUCAGAGAAUUGGCAAAUAAGCACAGCUUCCAGGUGGAUUGUGCGCGAAUGCACCAGAGAAUGGUGGCAGACUUCUCAGUGAUCCUGCAGUAUGUCCUCUACUGUCCUAACCUCUACAAGUGCAUGUUUCCAUAAUACCUGGUAUCAAAGGAGGACAAUGGACACAGUUAGAGCUGCACAGAUUUUGUGGCUGAAGGGGUCACGAACGGACGAAUAAAGUGCAUUGGACCGUCAUGUUUGCUUUACAAAAUUUCUGUUGUGGUGUUUGGCAUAUCUUGAAAAUGUGAGUUUCUUUUUUAACAUAAAGAAUUAUGAAUAGCUGUGAUUCAGACACUCAAAAUAAAAUUCCUAUCAAAAAGUG